CAGAGCCUCUGCUGCAUCAAGAGGCUGAGGAGGAGAGCGGAGGAGGGUACAGAGGGACGCACAGACUGGGAAUACUCCAGUGGAGAGAGCCAAUCCCGGAGAGGGACAGGAUUAUUAGGGGACUUGCGCUAAUAUGCCACCAUGCUCCAUGGGGGAAGCUGAGCCACUGGGAGUUUGACAGGAUCUCGAUGCACCUGCUCCAUGCACUCUGAUUAUGUGGAGGAGCUGACUUGGGCGAUGGCCAGCUCGGACCUGCAGGUUCUCAUACGCACAGAUCCGUGUUCCCGUUACCUCUCGACCAAGCAGCCCAGCCCAGGGAUCUGACCGCGCCUUCCCUCCCUUUCCCCCCUCCCUCUCCCUGGGUGUCCCUCAAUCCCGGGCCCGCCAUGGGAGGAUGCUUCUCCAAACCCAAACCAGUUGAAGUUAAAGUGGAACUCUCUCUCCUGGAGAAAGAAAAAGAGGUGGAUGGCCUGUCACCUAAUGGAAAAGCGAGUCCCUUAGCUGACUGCAGGCUCAAUGGGGCCCUGGGACAUGGGUCUGAUGAUGACGCCACCCCACUCCCCCUCUACCACAAAUCCCGGGACUAUGUGGAGGCCUCUGUCUGUCAUGUUAAAGAUAUGGAAAAUGGACAGAUGCGAGAGGUUGACUUGGGAAGUGGCAGAGCUUUGUUGAUCAAAGAACAUGGGGAGUUCUCAGCCAUGGCUCACAAGUGUCCACACUACGGAGCCCCCCUGGUCAAAGGUGUACUGUCAAAAGGACACGUGCGAUGCCCCUGGCAUGGCGCGUGCUUCAAUAUUGCAACAGGAGACCUAGAAGACUUCCCUGGUCUGGACAGCCUGCCUACCUUUCAGGUCAGAGUUGAAAAGGACAAAGUGAUUAUUCGUGCAAACAAGCAGGCUCUUCAGUCACAGAAACGGUCAAAGCCCAUGGCUCGAUGUUCAGCAGUCAUUAACUCCAGCAUGGGGUUCAGCCAUGUUCUCAUCAUUGGCUCAGGUCCAGCAGGUCUGGUGUGUGCGGAAACACUGAGGCAAGAGGGCUUCACUGAUCGCAUUGUCAUGUGCACCAUGGACAGACAUCCUCCAUAUGAGAGGCCUAAACUGAGUAAGUCCCUAGACAGCACAGCAGAGCAGCUGAGACUGCGCUCCAUGGACUUCCUGCAGGACUAUAACAUUGAACUGCUCACAGAGAAAGAGGCUGUGGCGAUAGAUGUGAAAACACGAUCUGUGACCUUUGAAGAUGGCUUGAGGAUGGAAUACAGGAAACUCUUUAUCGCUACAGGAAGCAAACCCAAACCAAUGAACUACAAAGGCAAAGAUGUCAAGAACGUGUUUCACCUCAGGACGCCCGAGGAUGCUAACAGUAUAGCAAGACUGGCCAACAACAAGAACGCUGUGAUUGUGGGAACAUCGUUUGUUGGUAUGGAGGUGGCUGCAGCUCUAACUGACAAGGCCCACUCUGUCUCUGUCAUACAUGCUCACUGUGUCUGGUGUGUUUUGUCUUUGCAGUUGUUGGAGGCUAACAGGGUCAAGUUCUACAUGCUGAAUGAGGUGUCGGAGAUGAUUGGCCAUCAUGGACAGCUGAAAGAGGUGGUGCUGAAGAGUGGAAAAGUCCUCCGAGCAGAUGUGUGUGUUAUCGGAGCAGGAAGUGUUCCUGCAACAGACUUCGUAAAACAGAGCGGCAUCCACAUGGACUCCAAGGGCUUCAUCACUGUCAACAAGAUGAUGCAGACAAAUGUUGAUGGGGUCUUCGCUGGAGGUGAUGUGGUAAUGUUUCCAUUCCCGCCACGCAACAACAAGAAGGUGAACAUCCCUCACUGGCAAAUGGCUCAUGUACACGGAAGGGUGGCAGCUCUCAGCAUGAUGGGUAGAGCCACCGAGAUCAAAACUGUGCCUUACUUCUGGUCGGCCAUGUUUGGGAAGACCAUACGCUAUGCAGGUUAUGGUGAUGGAUUUGAUGAUGUCAUUAUACAAGGAGAUCUGGAUGAACUGAGAUUUGUAGCGUUUUAUACCAGGAGUGAGGAGGUGGUUGCUGUUGCCAGCAUGAACUAUGAUCCCAUUGUAUCCCGAGUGGCAGAGGUCUUAGGGUCUGGAAAGAUGAUUAAGAAACGAGAUGUGGAAACUGGAGACAUUUCUUGGUUGAUCGACAAAGGCUCUCAAUGACUUCACAUCUUAAGGUCCCAAAGGACAGACUCAAAGUCCACUGGACACCUCAAUGUGGACACUUAUGGUGCUGAGACACUGAGCAGCUAUCUUGGUCUGGACACGCACACACACACAUACACUGGGGACAAGACUGUGUCUGUUGGAGACGCACUUCCUUGAGGACGGCACUGAAACUUGCUUUUGUUCUUUAAAGACACUUUAAGGCAACACAUGGUGCAGUGAAUCACUGUGUUGGCACGUUUCUUAUGAUCAUAUUUCACAACAAAGCAAUACUGGAUUCAGCCUUUGUGCUGCUGCAAGAUUUAUCUACGUGUACACAUUGUUUAUAAGAAGCCAGGGACAGGCACUGGUAUCUUUGUACAAAUAACAUUGUAAAUAACUAUAAUCUUGGAUGUACUGUAACAAAAUAAGAACAUAAUAUCUGAACUGAAAUUUUGAAGUUUUAAACUAAAGAUCUGGUUUUGUGCUCGCAAACAGACCUUAGAUCUGCAUGGUAUAACUUACUGUAACAGGAGUUGUAAGAAGCCCCCAAAACAGAGAUACUCCACUGUAGAUACAUUAGCAAACAAAGCUUAAAUCUGCAACAAGACAAACUGCAUAAUCACUUCAGGAGAACCCAGGGUGCAGCCAAUUCAUUAACACACACACACACACGCAGCUUUAAUUUGUGGUCAUGUUUAGGAUUACAACAUACCUCUUCUUAUUGGUUGCCUUGCUAGAUCGCACAAAUGAAAUUCAAAUUAUACUUUGAUUACACACUAGUGCUUGCACAAUAGAUUUAUGUAUUUUUUUAACAAAUAGAUAUUACCCCUUUAGACAAAUCCAAUAGCAGCUUAAGGCUAUUUUUGAUAGCUGUCACCUCCACAGGGACAUUUGUUACUAACUCAGGGAACUGAGAUUUGUGACCUGGGCAUACUGGAGUUACUGGUCCUUAUGCAGGCAAAAAUGAAUUUGUUGCUUUAAUAUUUUUCCCAGUUAUUGUAAUUUCUCUCAUUUUCAUCAGAAAUGCUUGCAGUGUACCACAGGGUGCAAAGCAGAUGCUUGAUUACAUCCUGGUGGGUGGAUGAUCCCAAAAUACUUGAGCCCUGACACAUAAGUUGACAGAGUGUUUUAAAAAUACAGAUCUUCAUACAGAGAAGCCCACGAGGGCAUUUUUAUAACUAAAACUCUAAAAUAAAAGUCUUCCAACAAUAACCACUCACUGCUUUAUAAAAUCAUUAGUUCUAAAAAAAUGCUUCAUUUGUUUUUGUGUGUGCUUUUUUUUUUACUUUAUUAACCAGGAACACAGUAAACACUCAGAGUAAAAGUAAAUAAAAAAUGUUUAAUUAUUUUCAAGGAAGUGACUGAGCACAGUUUGCAAGGUUGACUAUGAAUUGGGUUAACUAAAAAGUCAGCUGAGUUUCAUACAAUAAGUUUUUAGAAGAAUUACACAGAAUAGAUCAAUUCUCACUCAAAUUUCACUAUUAAUAAAUGAAAUAUUUCAUAAAACAUGAUGGGAAUAACUUGAAGGCAUGUAACUCAUACAGUACAAAUUGACAGUGUUCACAAUAGUAUUGCAAACAGCCCAGAGAGGUUCUUCUACAUUACUUUGGGUAAAAAGUAGACCAAUCUAACAUUGCUCUCCUUAUAGGGAUUCGGAGACCUCAGCUCAGGGUCUCUGCCUGUUGAUACCACUUAACAAUCAAGUGCUCUUUUCCCAGUUUGACAUAGGUCUACCCCACUGUAGCACUGGGAUCAUUUUAUGUAAUAUAAGAUGAGACCAGUGACAACAGUGGUGCUAAAAGUCGGUGGCCCAACAUGACUGUAUCAGUGCAUCUCUAAUAAAAAAAAAAAGCACCUGACAAGAUUCAUAACAAGACUAAUAAAUAUAUCUACAAACACUGCAGUGAAGGCACUGCAUGGUGUUACAGCCAUAAAACACAGUAAAUGGAUCUACAGACAAGAGGAGUUUAGCAUCAUUAAUACAUCUACGAGAGUGACACGGUUCAUUGUUCAUUAGCUUUAGGAGUCUGUUAUCUUCAAGAGCCUGGAUUAUAGUUAUACUAUUACAUGAUAUAAUGCCCAAGUGUUGUCACACGUUGGUUAUUGCUAAUGGUCAGAA